CGACUCGUUACUCGUUACUUAGAACUCGCUUUGCAAUGCAACGAGUACUUAAGAGUCGCCCUGGAACUAUGAACCAGUGUUCAUGAACGGAAAAAUAAUAGUUUUUUUUGCUGUUUAUUUAUUUAAAAGAGAAAUGGACAAUAGCGUUAUAGAAAUUAACGAUUCUAUCAUAACAAUUGACAGCGAUGCCGACGUAGAAGACGGAGAAGUGAGGGAAGUUGAAGAAAAUGCCGUAAACAUUGCCGCCAAAGAAAAGCCGCCCCCGCCCCCGUUCCGCUCGUUGGAGGGAACGAACGACCAGAAACCGAUUACACGUGAAGGGCUGAUAUUCGAGGUGAACUUUACACGAAAGGAUGACUUCGAGAGGCUGCACGAGCGCCUGGUCAAGGCGCUAAGCGCGACAUUUGCCGGCGAGGAAUUUGUGUACACAACAAAAGACACGAGCAUAAGCGUGCAUGGCAGAGCGAAAAGCCCCGAGCCGGAAGGCGAUAUAUUUCAAAUAGACACUUCGCCGGCGACAAAGCUAAAUGCAGCCCAAGUGCCGUCCUACAAGCGCUGCCACACCGAGGUGCUGGACGAGGGCACGUUGGCGCGCAAGAAACUGAAGCUCGAGGCGGUUAACAAGUGCUUCCGGCCCAAGAUGCAGUCCGCCUGCUUCAAUUGCGGCGGCGUUGAGCAUUCGCUGCGUGAGUGCCCGCGGCCGCGCAACCAGGCCCGGAUACAGCGCGCCCGCAAGAAGAACAGCCGGGCGGAACGCUACCAUGUGGACACGGAGCAGCGUUUCGCACACAUACGACCCGGCCGCAUAAGCAGUAAAACGCGGCAUGCCAUGGGCUACAGUCGGGGCGAGUUGCCGUUCAUGUUUUACCGGAUGCGUGUGCUGGGCUAUCCCCCAGCCUGGCUCGAGGAGGCCAAGGUGCAAAGCUCGGGCAUAGCGCUGUUCAAUGCGGAUGGCAGCGAGGUGCAGGGGCCGGAGGAAGAGAUGGGCGAAACGGAUAGCUUCAAAUAUGAUGUCAAUAAAAUAAUCGACUUUCCCGGCUUUAACGCGCAGCCAGGUGCCAAGUUCUACGAUGACUUUCAACAUCACAAUGUGCCACCUUUUCAGGAGCACCAGCUCAAGGCGAACUUCAUCAAAUCGCUAGGCGAAAACGUGACGAAAGCCUAUAAGCGUAAGAAAUUGGUGGAUUUGCCCACGCCAAAUGAUGCUAGUCCCACGUUGCUGGAAAGCGACACAAAUCUGGUUGAGCACGAUAUGGAGCUGGACGAUGAUGAGACGGAGGGGCAGGCUAUGCAGCCACCUUUGCCCGCAGAGCCGAGCAAAGCGACGACGCCGCCACCGCCACCAGCGCAGGAUACGAGCAUACGCAGUCCAUCGCCCACUCUGGAGGAUCUGAAGGCGCAGCAGGACCAAUUGCUCGAGCAACUCGAAUCGAAUACUUCACUCAACACAAGUGAAGUCGAGCUGCCAAAUGUGUCUCAAACAGAAGAAAGGGAAACGUCGGCGCCUGCUACUCCCGUCGAAUCCAGUCAGGCCAACAUCUUUAAGGCGCCAUCCAUAGCUGGCACGCCCAUAUUGAAAUUUUCCGUCUAUGACAAGCUGCCCGUGGGCGAUAACUUCAAGGUGGGCGUCAGCGAUGUGAUUAACUUUGAGAAUCUGCCCGACUCCACGGGCAAAUACGAGCAAAUGAAGGAUCUGCUCAAGAACGUGCGCCAGAAAAUGGAGAAGCUGCAAAACGAGGACAAUUGAGCCGGAGAGCUUUUUAUUUGUAAAUACAUAAACCGGACAUGGCUUUUAAUUAGCAACAAGUGCAGAGAUUGCGUUUUGAUUUGCCAAUUUUAUUGAAAAAUUGCGCAUAUACAAAAUCAUGCCAAUAUACAUUUAUAUAAGCAUGUAGUACGUGACUAAGUUUGUAAAAAAAAUUGAUAUUGAUUAAACAAGAGUUGGUAUCAAUUGAGCUAAUAAUUUUUGGCCGAAACGCUUUUGAUUUCAUUGCAUUAUUUAUUUUUGUCUUCCAAUAUAAAUAUAUAUGCUUGUAUAUUGUGGCAAGUUUAGCCUAUGCAUACAUAUAUGCAUCUAUGUACAUAUAUAUAACCGUUUAUUUGUGUAUGUAGCUAUAACCAAAGGAAAAUGCAAG